AUGGCGCAACCUGCACUCAAUGUGGCAACGCAGGUACCAGCAGAGACCCCCAGCAAAGCCACCAAGACUCGUGCAGCUUGCGAUGAGUGUAGGACAAAGAAACUCAAGUGCACAGGCGAGAAGCCGAAAUGUUUGCGGUGUGCUAGAGAGAACAUAGACUGUGUCUAUUCCGCACAGAAGCAGAUGGGAAGGCCGAAGAAGCGACAGCGCACGGACGACGAAACAACUACGAGUGCUACCAAGAAUCUCUCUUACGAACCUUCAUUGUGGGAGUCAAAUGCCGGCGCUGCUACCAAUGAUGAUGGGCUUGACGUCGGACCUUACGAGAGCGCGUUCACACCGGGAGGCGGUCUCCAGCCGUGGCUGCAAAGCGCAAUUGACUGGCCGACCGACUUUCACGGAAACGAAGGGAGACAGAGCAAUAGUGGCGAAAGCGUGCCCGGCCUCACACCGGAUUCUUUAAGCAAUUCACCACCUGUGCUCAACCUGCCCACUGAGCUUCGACAGACCCACCAGAGCCAGCGUGACUACUCCACCGCUGUACUGCUCGACCCUGCACUUGCAGCUGGAGAUGUGUCUUCCUGCUUACCUGGGCCUUCGCCUGGCUGUGCAUGUCUGAGCACGAUGUAUCUUACCCUCAAUAACUUGCAAGCCACGAGUACGGAUCAGGCCUUUCCCUUCAGCCUUCAUCCUCUGCGUGAAGCCAUGCAGUCUGCUUCCCAAGUACUGGAAUGCGAACAAUGCCCUACGAAAUUUAUAACAGCACUUCAGAACACACAGCUUCUAGGUACAUUGUUCAUGAGCAUAGCUGAGCGUUUCGGCAAGAUUCUUGAACACAUCACCCAGGAAUCUAUUCGCGCCGAUCUUGCGGGCGAGACCAAAAAGUUUCGUCUAGCAGACCUCAACACCCCAACAUCACACCUCCACACCAACGGACUCGGGUGCGUGGCGGCUUUUAGCAUCAAUCUGUCGCCUCAAGAAUGGGGGAACAUGUGCAAGAAAGUGGUCAGAGCUGAAGUUUAUGGUCCAGAGGACGGGGAUGAGUGCUGCCCUUACUUUUUGGGGAUCAUCAAACAGAUGGAGGACAGACAGGCGAAUUGGCAUAAGCGUCCCUGUCCGCCAGACUUUCCAAAGGAUGAGAAUGGCAAUCUGGUUGGAGGGCACACCAGGACUGGUAAUGAGGAGAACGGAGAGGUCACGGAUGCGCAUUCGAAGCAGAAAGAAGUGCCGCUGUGUCUCAAGAUGGCUGUCUUUGCGAAGUCGCUCGUGAGAGGACUUGAUUGGACUUAG